GGACGCUAUUAGGGGCUCCUGGCAUCGCUACUAGGAGCAAGGACGCUACUGGGGGCUCCUGGCCGUACUACUAGGAGCAAGAAGCUACUAGGAGAUGAUAGUCUUGUGCUUUCAGCUAGUGCUUUCGCCUGCAGCUACUGCAGCUCUGAUCCUCGGCCGCCCCAGCCCACCGACGCCUGCUGCGAACUGCACUUUGCGUUGUUUGUUCUCCCUUGCAGCUCAUGCACGGUCUUAUCCAUGUGAUUUUCCGUGGUUUUGUCGUGGACAAGUUCGGCGAGAGCGCAUGGAAAGAAAUCUUGAAGCGGGCGGGUGUUGAGGACGAAUCAACCAUUUUGGAGAUGAAGCACUACGAUGAUGGGCUUACGAUGGCAGCUGUGAAGAUCGGAGCUGAAGUGGCAGGGGCGCCUUUGGAAGCCGCCCUGGAACUUUUUGGAAGCUAUUUCGUGGACUAUGCAGCAGGAGCUGGCUUUAUCAGAUUGCUCCGUUCGUUGGGUUCAAACCUACACGAGUUUUUGGGCAACUUAAACAUCCUACAUCACAAUGUCGAGAGGGAUCUCCCAGCAGCUGUGUUUCCUAUCUUCGAGGUCGGCCAGAUUGAGUGGAUCAAUGACUACAAAUACACAUUUAGGAUGGACUACGCAAGCAGCAGAGCCGGUCUUGGUCCACUUCUAAAGGGCGCACUUCAUCAAGCUGUGGGCAAGCUGUUCAACUCAACCUUGGAAAUAAAACCUUUGGACGCUGCAGCGAUGAAAUCUGCAAGUUUUGCUCCAUCUGCUGAAGCUGCAAACGAGCUCCAUUGGAAUUUGACGGUUACACUGCCCCAGGAGAAGACUGAGACGGACGCCACGCCAGUGGAUACAUCAGCAGCACAAAACGGAGCGCCAAGUGCUGCUCAAUCCUCUUUCAGUUUCUUCGACUUUCACGCGGCCCUAGCUUCAGCUUGGUGCUGCUGCGCGCAGAGUCAGAAGGAUGAGGUGAUGGUGACAGUCAAUUCCCAACCAGUUGCUGAAGACUGGGUAGACAAUGUGAGGGCUGUGCUGGCAGAGAAGCGUGACAAGAUCGAUGCCAUUACCAGCAAGCAUCCCACGAGAAUCGAUGGCCAACACCUGUAUUUCUCUCUUGAUGCAGUAGACCGUGUCCGAGUUGGUGCCACACUCUUCAGGGCUUCAUCUGCUGACCUGGUAUCAUCCCCAUGGACCGAUUUGGUGGAGCUUGACAAGACCGAGUUCUUUUGGGGUGCGUACACCAAGUUGGACAACUUCUAUGCAAUUUCUGAGGAUUGGCUGGUGGAGAAGACAGUGAAUGGCCAGACCAAAUUUCAGAAGCGGGGCAAGAUCCGCUUCUUAUCGCAGUCAUGGGGCAUUCCAAAGGAAUGGGAUGACUUGAUGGGAGCAGGCAGCUAUGCUGAGGCAAAGGCAGCAGAAAUUUGCUGCAUAGCGAAGGAUAUUGCUGCUCGAGAGUUGGGCGACACCACCAGGUGGAAGGAGGUUUAUUUUUGGGUGGACAAGUGCUGCAUCCCGCAGGGCGACCAGGAACUCACCGGCUGGUGCGUGAACUUGCUCGAGGAGUACAUCAUUUUUUGUGAUGGUCUUGUCGUGCUUGUGCCCUGGACCUAUUUCACCAGGCUCUGGUGUGUCUACGAGUGGGUUUGCUUCUUGCUUUGCCAUGAUCCCAUGGACAUCGAGAUUUGCGCAGAUCCCUUUGUGCGUGAAAGCACGUUGCCCUUGUUCAUCGAAGCCAUUGGAAACUUCAAGCUUGACUCCUGCCAGUGUUUCCGCGAGGCAGACAGGCCCAUUCUGUACAACAAAGUCGAACAAUACUACAAAUCUAUCGAUGCCUUUGAGAAGUUCUUGAAGUUCACCGCCAUUGCCUUGUUUGUGCGGUGCACCGCGCAGCGGCGUUCUGCUAAAGCAGUGUCUGCGUUGGAGCCGUGGCGAUUCCUGGCGGAGAAACAAGGGUUUCGCACCCUUGCUGACCGCAUCAUGGAGGUGAUGGAUUUGCUGCCACAGUGGCGCGACGGAGCAGUGAAGAGUGCCACCGGCGGUGGGACAAAUGAUGUGCAGACAGCAGUGCUGCACCAAGUGGAGGAAUGGUUCAGAGCCAGGAUGGUUCCCAUGAUCGUGCAGAUGAGAAAGGAAGCUGCAACUGAAAGCGGUCUCCAAUACAUUGAAGAUCUUCGGACAGCGGCCAAAGAGGUGUUGGUCCAGGAGGAUGAGCUUGAUGACGAGCGUGUCAAGGAAGCGCAGCUUUGAGGGCCUGAAACUCGCAAACAGGAACCUGGCUGACGUUCUUUUCUCCUGUUGUGAUGGAGUGAGUACUGUAUAUAGUCUAUAUAGUGCUCUUUUUCUCUCAUUUGUCUGUGCAACAAGCUCAGCAGCAUGUCAAAGACAUGCAUCGUUCCCACUGCAUUCCCUUUGAUUGGACAAAUGUCCAGAUUGCACAUGGUCAAACAUGGUCAAAUUGCC